CUGGUACGUGAUGCUAGUUUUAAAGGGUUAAUAAAAUUCCUCACGGCAUCAAUGGUUAAGUUAAAGGAACCCACAUUUGAAACCCCGGGUAGCUUCUUACUAUUAAUAAAUUGAAAAGAGACAAGCGAUCUAAUAUAAAACUGGGUCAAUAUUUGACGUUAUAAUCAUUGGAGGUUUCUACAGAAGCGCACUUCAGACGAAUGUAUGUACUCGUACAUAGCUAUGCAAGUCUCAUUAUAAGAUCAUGGAAUUUCAGUGAAAAAAUGCUAUACUAGCAGAAAUGUUAAGCACAUGAGUGACUAUAAAUACAUGAGAAGUGAUUAAGCAAGUAAGACAAAGCAAUGAACAAUACGCGUCCAGAGCUUGAUUGCAAAGUGCAGUUAUUUGCAUCGACAUUAUCAAUGCAGCGCAGCGUCGAGCGGUCAAAGCCUCUUUCCAGCCUAUGAAGACCACAAGAAAAGCAUCCAGAGGCCGCGGCGUAGACCAACCAACAUGCUGAGCUCAAGAGUUACUCAUCAGCAACCACAUUGCCGCUGAUUAUCGCCAACUAACCGGCUAUUAUACUGUUGUUGUGGUUAUUUAUAUUUAAAAAAACAAAACCAAAUAAAAAAAAAAAUACCAGAAAGUGCGUCGAAAUGUUUAUUAUCUCUGCAAUUGUUUAUAUUAAGAGCGAAUAAAAGACCACAAAAAAAGAACGCAAAAUGAUAAGUGAAAUAAGUGAAAUUCGCAGCAAACCGUUGCAUUGCAUUCACUUCACUCGGUGUUUGCUCCAAUGUAUUGGCGCUCUCUCUCUCUCGCUCUCUUUUUCUCGCUCGUUCGAUUUUACUCGCUAUUGUUCUCAAAUACGCUUUUUAAACGCUCAUUCGUCAACAAGCUGUAACAAUACACUUCAUAUAUUAUAUUUAUUCUCUCUUCUUCCCAACCGUCCAACUUCAUGCUCGCCGCAGCGUGCUGCCGUUGCAUUUCAAUGAGACCAAAAACACCAACAGCGAGGGCGACGCCAUUCAGUCUGCACGUUUUCGUCGUUAUCAGCCGGGAUUAAGGUUUAAGGAUUAAAGGUGCUUCAACUGCCAUAAGGAGGAACAAGUGGAAGAAGAAGCAGAAAAAGUCAAAAGUAACAACAAACAGCAUCUCAACAGUCUUAGAGACGCACAAUAGCAUAUGUUACAUAUGUAUGUAUGUACAUACAUACAUACAUUUGGAGGAUUUUCGCCUAAGUCAGUCAGCUGUCAAGUGGCAACAAGCAUCAGCCUGCUAGUCUUCAAACCCGAGUUUCUGCUUUCCACUUCAGCUAUGCGUUCACCGCAAAUAUUAUACAACAUAUAUGUACUUCUAAGUGGAUAAUUUACUUUUCCCCCAUAAAUAUAUAUGUAUGUAUGUAUGUAUGCACAUAUGCAUAUGAGUACGUCCACAAACGGAAGUCACUAGUUCGUGCCUGUGCCUUGGCGUGUGCGUGUAGUGGUUGCUCUAUAGCUGAGCCGGCGUCUAUUUGCAUUGCAUGCAAAUCUCAACGUUUCCGGUUUUUGCCGUGCGUUGCAGUAUUUCAUAAAUAACGCGCGUUGAGCUGAACACCGAAGAAGGGGUGAACGUUUGCGAGCGGCAUUUUAAAGUGAACGUUACAUGAUGUGCUAACCCGGCGCUAAUAAUCGGAAGAACAGAUAAAAACAUCCGCGCUCGACCUACCGCCAUCGCCGCGUCGCGUCCGCAUAAAUGUCUGACGAAGUGCCUUCGAGGCGCUUAUCGCAAAUCUUCGAUUCGCUCACCAAUCUUCAACAACAGCAAAUAUUACAAGCGCGUCGUCGCUCCGCUUCCUCCUCAUCGCCUUCACCCGCCACCUCGGGUCGCGCUACGCCCUCUACCGGCGCGGUUGCGGGCGUUUCGCAAUCAUUCGCCUUCCACCAGCAACAUUUCAGCAAUCAUGCGCAUGCGUACUAUGCGCGCGCCGCGGAUGGAAAUGCGUAUUUGCACACUUUUCCGGCGGCGGCGUCGACGCAGGCGCAUCACCUACACCAACAUUUGCAUCACAUGCAAUCGGCCCACUAUUAUGCGCUGCAGCAACAAAACGCACAACAACAACAGCAGCAGUUAUAUUGCAGCGCACAGCAGCAGCAGCAGCAGCAGAUGUCGCUGCCGCCCAUGUACGCCUCACAAUCGCUGAACACAUCGCCUUUACUCACCAAGCGCGCCACCUCGUUUAGCGGUAACAUACCGCUGACGCGCCCGCAUUGUGAAAAUGUCGCUGCCAUGCGUAUUUCGACGGCGGUAUCUGGUGCGGGCGUUGGCAGUGUCUCUCAGUCGACACCAAAUAGUCCGCGUUUGAUGCCACGUCGCGGGCAACGUCCACCGCCAAUUCCUACAAAACCGAGUGCGGCGGCGCUGCAAGCCGCUAGCAGUGGUUCGGUCGGCGGGAGUAGCAGUAGUGGCGCAAUCGCCAAGAAGACAGUCUCAGCUGCUGUUAGUGACGCUUCGGAUAAGUCAGAGCAGAGCGCAGGUUUGGCAACUGCCGCGGCGACGAUCAAUUCUGGCUUAGCUGCUUUGGAUACGGACGCGCCUUGGCCACAUUUUUCUACACUCACCGAACAUUUGGACGUGCAUCAGGUGAACAACUACGCGCAACCAGUGCCGGAGAUCAACUGGCAAGAACGUUGUCUGGAACUCCAGCUCGAGUUGCAUCGCUCAAAAAACCAGGCUGGCCGCAUACGGGAUAUGCUGCGUGAAAAGUUAUCCGAGUUGGAGCAGCGCGUCGUCGAAGCGGAAGAACGAGCUGAGGAAGCGGAGGAUAAGGUGCGGGCUAUGGAACAGCGGCUGAGUGAAUGGCCCAAACCACCACCACAGUCAGCCACCAACUCGCCGAUCCAUCAAAGCCAACAACAACAACAGCAGCAACAACAACAAUCAACCUUAACCGCACAGCAAGCAACUAGUCUUCCAACUCAAGAGGCUGAGAAAACUAUAACCUCGUUGGAGAUACAAGUUGAGGAGCAACGUCAACUGCGCCUGCACGACGCACGACAAGUCGAGGCAAAAGCGGCGAAAAUCAAAGAAUGGGUCACCAAUAAGCUGCGUGAACUCGAGGAGCAAAAUCAAUUGCUACGUGAACAAAACGUUAAGUGCAACCAGCAACUGGAGCUUUUGAAGAAUCAUAUCGCCAAUCAAUCGAACCGACACAGUAGCGUUGGUCCACACCCAGUGCGUAACAGUCUGAGUUUGGAUGUGCAAGAGUUUGCCGACUCAACCGAGGGCCGACGACGCAGCGAGAGUUUAGAUCCACAAGAGAUUAUCAAUCGCCCAUUAACCGCUUCAUAUCCACAUCAUCAGCAUCGACGAAAUCUCAGCAUGGAGCCGCAAGAGCUCGAACGCAACUUAGUAGCCGCGGUGGAUGGACUAACGCUUACACCACUGGCCAGCAUCUCCAAAGCAUCCACCACAAGGCCAGACAGUUCCGACACGGAUACUGCGCACGAUUAUGCCGAGAUCUAUACGCCGUCAUGCGAAAAGUUGCCGGCUUGGAUGAAAAACAAUCCAGCGCUGAUGGCGAGCGGUGGUAAUUCGAGCACAACAACUACGACCAGCGAAUUGGGCGUGCCACGUCCACCCACGCCGCCACUGCAUCGCUUUCCCAGUUGGGAGGCGAAAAUCUAUCAGGUGGCCAAUGACGGCCUGAGUGGAGUGAGUGAGGAAAACUUAGCACAACACCAACACCAGGAAGUACACCAAUUGCCGUUGUCCGCUCAACCACCACCCGACAUACAAGAAUCCACUAGCGGCGCAGCGUCGGCGGGCAGCAACAGUGCUUGUAAUACCUUGGCCAAUGGUGGCAGCGGUCAUGGUCGUGCUACGCCGGCGAACAAUGGCACGUUAGGUAGUUCUCGUGGUGAGUUUGUCGGCACCGGCGGUGGUAGUAUUGGUGCGCCCGGUACACCACAACUGCCCACCCGCCAACAACAGACCGCUAGCGGAGGUUUCUGUGAUAUAUCGGUGCCCGUGUAUGCCACCGUCAAGGGGCGCGCUUCCCAAAUACGUUCCAUGCCCUUUACGGGCGACUCCAGCGAUGACUCGAGUGAUGGCGAGGACCACGCCGUUAUGCUAACGCACAAUUCUCACAACUCAUCGAGUACCGACAACACAGAAACAUCAACCUCGGGUAGCGCCUCAAGCCCAUCCAAGAGCUUGAAGACAUCAUCAAGUUUGAGUCCUGCUAAGCGCAGUGGUUCGGAGAGUCCAAAGAAUACGAAAGCUCGUGCUCACCAAAUGCACAUUUCAACACAUUACACCAACAACACUAACUCUAAACAACACAAUCAUUACAACACAAUGCACUCAUACAACAACACCACACAACAUUUGGGUCCAUAUACCAAUACCUUCAGCAACAUCAAUACCAAUACACAAACCCUACCAUUGCCGAAUCACAACAACAAUGCCACGAAUACCAACAAUCAUCUGCGUCUCCCCCACAUGCGUGGAACAGUAAUUUCAGAUAUUUCCUUUGAAUCAGGCCUGUCGGAUGAUUACGCCUUACCGCCGGAUGCGGUCUCCGAGUCCACAUGCAUGGAUGCCUCUAUGCCGUCGCUAUUGAUGCGACAAUCGUAUGUGGAUUCGCCGAGUAAGAAGAUUGAAUCGCUAGAGAAGAUGGGUCAUCUCGCCAAACUGGGCGGUAAGUUAAAGACGUGGCGUAAACGUUGGUUUGUGCUCAAAAAUGGCACCCUCACCUACUGGAAGAGUCAACAUGAUAUGAAUCGUAAGCCGCAAGGUCAAAUAAUGUUGGACGAAGCGUGUCGCAUUAAUCGCGCGGAGGGUGCCUCCACCUUUGAGAUUGACACGGGCAAGAAGGUUUACUAUCUCACCGCCGACUCAAACGCAACAAUGGAUGAUUGGAUACGUGUGCUGCAGAAUGUACAGCGUCGGAAUGCCACCAAGCUACUGUUGAGCCGUGACGACCAGAAGCCCACCAUACAGGGUUGGGUGACAAAGGUGAAGAAUGGGCAUGCGAAGAAAUGUUGGUGCGUGUUGUUGGGUAAAAUGUUCCUGUACUUUAAGGCGCCGGGCGAGACGAAUCCUCUCGGCCAGAUAAAUAUGCGCGAUGCCCGCGUCGAGGAGGUUGAGCAUGUAUCGGAUUCGGAUUCAGAGGAACGUGAAGAUCCUUCCCAAAGUCAAGCACGUCUCACCGUCGCCAUUUAUCCAGCUCAUCAAGGUCCCACAUACCUUAUAUUGCCCGGCAAACAGGAACGUGAUAAUUGGCUAUAUCAUUUGACUGUAGUGUCUGGAGGAGGCCCGAAUGCGGGCACACAAUACGAACAGCUCGUACAGAAACUUAUGGAGACUGAUGGAGAUCCCAAUUGUGUUCUAUGGCGCCAUCCAAUUUUGUUACAUACCAAAGACGCCAUUACAUCACCGCUUACCUCGCUACACUCGGAAGCCAUGCAACCAGAAGCUAUUAAGCUGUUUAAGAGUAUUCAACUGUUCAUGUCCGUUGCAGUUAACCAACCCGGCAUCGAUUAUCACGUCGUCUUGGCACAGAACGCCCUACAACACUGCCUCGAUAUGCCCGAACUGCAAACGGAAAUGAUUGGCAUUUUGGUAAAGCAAACGUCACGGCACACGGGCCAAAAACUUAGUGUCGGCGUCCAGGUAAACAAGAAACUGGGCAAGCAAACGCGCCAACUACUAUUGUGCGCCACGCAGAGCCUGUUUACUUGUGACACACAACAAGGUGGCACCGCACAGGCCAAUGGCAGUUCACCGACAUCCAUACAGGCACCCGCUCCACCACCUAUCAUCGAUUGCAAAUCAAACCCUCCUGCCUACUCAUUCGUCCAAGGCUGGCAACUGCUCUCACUCGCCGUCUCGCUGUUUGUGCCCAAGUCGAGUCGUCUGCUCUGGUAUCUGAAGUUGCAUCUAUCACGCAAUGCGGAUACGAAAACCGAGACGGGCAAGUAUGCAGCUUAUUGUGAGCGCGCACUGGAGCGUACGCUGAAGAAUGGCGGUCGCGAGACGAAGCCCUCACGCAUGGAAGUGCUAUCCAUACUGCUGAAGAAUCCUUAUCAUCACUCACUGCCACACGCCAUACCGGUGCACAUGAUGAACACCACUUACCAGGUCGUCUCCUUCGAUGGCUCGACCACAAUCGAGGAAUUCCAAACCACGCUCGCACAGGAGAUCGGCACACGCGAUGCCACCAACGGGUUCUGCCUCUUCAGCGACGAUCCAAUCGAAAAAGAUCUCGAACACUAUCUCGAUCCACUCGCUAAACUCUGUGAUGUCAUCUCGAAAUGGGAGACUGCCUUACGUGAAAAGGGCUCUGGAAAAUUCGAAAACACACGCGUUAUACAAUUAACCUACAAGAAUCGUCUCUACUGGCGACACACUGUCAAAUUCGAGACAGACAAGGAGCGUCUGCUCUUCUGCUACCAAACGAAUGCACAAAUAGUACAAGGACGUUUUCCGCUGUCGCGUGACUUAGCGCUCGAGUUGGCCUCGCUGAUGUCACAAAUCGACAUGGGCGACUACUCGCACGAAAAGUCGCGCGGCACGGGUAGCAAUGUGGGCAUUAAGGCUCUCGAUAAAUUCUACCCCUACCGCUAUCGCGACGCGCUCAACGCCGAACAGCUGAAGGAGGUGCAAGAGUUGCUUAUUUCAAAGUGGAUGCUACUCAAGGGACGCUCAACGCUCGACUGUGUGCGUAUCUAUUUGACAUGUUGUCGCAAGUGGCCCUACUUCGGGGCCAGUCUCUUCCAAGCGAAGCCGCGUCACUCCGAUCAGGCCAUGGCCUGGUUGGCUGUCUCCGAAGAUGCGCUCAAUGUGCUCGAGCUCAGCUCGAUGACGCCAAUGGCACGCUAUCCCUAUACAACGGUUAUGACGUUCGGCGGCUGCCAGGAUGACUUCAUGUUGGUCGUUUCCAACGAGGAUACGCUCGCUACGUGUGGCACACAAGAGCAGAAGUUGCUCUUUGCCAUGAGCAAGCCGAAAAUACUCGAAAUUACACUGCUCAUCGCCGACUAUAUGAACGCCCUCGGCCAUACCGUGCCCGGCACGCCACAAAUGAACACACUCACUCGCAAUGGCUCACACCGAUCGCUACGUUCGCGUCCUGCCUGCGGCACAGGCACAGGCACGGGCACUGGUACUUGCACCGGCACCGGCAUCGGUGGUUGUGGCACCACCACGGCUGGCAUGUCUACCAACGCCACGACCACAGCACACAACACACUCAACUCGCAUGCCACGCACACGCUCAACUCGACACAUUCGCACACACUCAGCUCGUCGCACUACAGUGGCGGCGGCGGCGGAGGUAUUAGUACGCAUGUUAUUGGCAGUUCUUUGGGCGGCAGUCAUCAGGGCACCAUGAGCUCAUCACACGCCCAUGGACACCAUCAUCAACCAGACAUAUUGAAGAGUACGCCGGACCAUCAGCGCAUCAAAUAGAGUGGAGUCGCUUACCCACAUUAACGAGUAUCUAUUAGACAAGCCAAAAAUAUAUUAAAAUAUUGUACAAUGAGCCAAAGGUUUAAAGUCGCAGAGCUUGAAUGAGAAAAGUUUGAGGAAAAGCUCAGCCAAAAGAGCGCUUGAAUGAAAUUGCAGAGAUAAAAGCUCUCUCUUUGCAAACAAUUCAGUAUCACUCGGCAUCGAUCAGGUUUCGAAGAUAAACAAUAAAAGCUCAGCUUCCAAGACACGAAUUAAUGUCCCUACACUCAGCCCGACAUAAAAAAUUAGAAUUUCAUUAAACAAUGCUAAAAGCUGUGACCAGUAAAGUUGUGCGCCAAUUCCUCGGCGAUUUGUACUUUGUGUACUUCCAAUAUCUCAACCGAUACUUCCUGGUUAUCGAAAGCUUUUUAUAACUGGGGUUUUUGCUCGAUAUUUUAUCUGUGCAGGAACUUAAAAAAAAAAAAAACAGAAAAUAUUUAAAUUUUUUGCAUAAAAACGAAUCGAAACUCGAACUUUUGUGUGUCCUAUUUAUAAACAAUAACAAGAAAACUAGGCUAUUGCAGAGAAAUCAUACGAAAAUUAGUAUGCCUUAUAACGGUAGUUAAGUUCUGCGAGGGCACUAUGAAAUUAAUUUUGUUAAAAGGAUUUUUAUAAAUUUAAGAAUCUUUGAUAAAAGACACCAAAAGCUCCUCAUGUUUUUAAGCCUCAAACAAUUUUUCCCUAUGAACUCAUUAUAGUUUUUACAUUGAAUUUAUGUUCAAGAGUUUUUAGUUUUUCAAAACUUUUCAGCUUUCAAAAUCCACGGUGAACUUAAAAGUUUCAGAGGUUUCAGCUCAUUUUUACCGAAAACAUUUAAGAUUUUAACACGUUUUCCAAACAUUAUAGAGGAUCAAAACAGCUUUUCUCACCCAUUUCAAUACCUUUUAGUUUCGCAAUAUUAAAAUACCGUUAUAAAGUUGUGAAAGCGAAAAGUGAAAUCAUCAAAACGAAUAGGAGUGUUAAAGCGAAUAUUUUAAGACUAAGUUGCACUCAUUAUUAUGCUGAAAGUCACAAAAUGUAUUUGCUUAAUAAAUAUAUUAAAAUUACUACAAAUUUAUUAUAUUAUACUAAAUAUAUAUUUAUGAAACUUCAUACAUAUACAUAUAUAUUCUAAAUGAUUUAUGUGUAAAUUUAAACACUUUAUUAUUAUACACGCAAAAACAUAAAGAAACACACUAUUCAAAUACGCUGAGAAAACUAUAACUGCAUAAAAUAAAAAUAUUAGCAAUUAAAUUUUAGAAAAAAAAAACGAAGAAUCAAAUCUAAUAAAAACUAGGUUAUUGUUACAGUAUGUAUGUAUGUGUUAGUGGCUUACAUAACUCCAUACAAGCUGACUCAAAUCUAGUUUAUAGCUUAGAAUUGUAAAUAUUUAUAGAAUUUAUAGUUGUAAAAAAGGAGAACUAAAAACCAAAAAAAAAAAAA